UGGGGCCUCUGGGCAAUAGGGGAUCAUGGGGCGCCUGUUUCCUUGCCCAAACUCAAAAAAGCCUAUGAAAAAGGUACCAGGGGCAUCUCAUGGGGCCCCCCACUGACCCCGGCCCUCGGGCAUUCAUUCAUUCACUGAUCUAUGUAAAAGAAUGACACAGCUACACAGGCGGAACCAGGGGCGGACUGACAACUCAUGGGGCACCUGGGCAAUAGGGGAUCAUGGGGCCCCUGUGUCCUUGCCCAAAUUAAAAAAAGCCUAUGAAAAAGGUACCAGGGGCAUUUCAUGGGGCCCCCUACUGACCCUGGGCCCUCGGGCAGUGCCCGACUUUCCAAAUGGUCAGUCUGCCCCU